GCAGGGCCGGCUGAGGGACAGGUGCUGGUUGCUGCAGAGAUGGGCCUGCCUGCGGAGGAGCUGAGGCAGGAGCUGGAGGUCACAGCCCAGGAAGUGCUGGGGAGACUGAAGAGCCGCCACCUCUUCCAGUCCGAGUGGGACACCGCUGCCUUUGUGGUCUUCCUCAUCUUCACGGGCACCGUGCUGUUCCUGCUGCUAUUGGUCAUUGCCCACUGCUGCUGCCACUGCUGCUGCYCCUCCCCCAGGAAGAUGAAGGAGAGACCUCAGGGAGUGGACAACUUGGCCCUGGAACCUUAA